AUGAAAGGAGCAAGAGGCAGGUUGCUUAGGAAAUUGAAACUCAUCCCAACAACCAUAAACAACUUGAAACAAGGCUUAGUUCUUCAGCUCAACACCCCAGAUGUAAUUUGCAUCCAGAAAUGUUCAACUCCACCAUUCUAUGAAGAUCACAAAGGAAACAACCUGGCUGAGGUAGAGACAGAACUUGCAGAAGACAAGUUAGAAGUAGAAGCUUCUAACUUGUCAGAGGCCAAGAUGGAGCUUAAUAGCACACCACAAGUGACAUUGAGUUACCCAUCUCUAACAGAUUUUGAAGAGAUAGAUCCACCAGGAGGAAACCAUCCAAUCAUUCUCUACACAACAAGCUUGAGAGGAAUAAGAAAAACCUAUCAGGACUGUAACACAAUCCGUUUCUUGUUGAGAAGCUUUAAAAUAAUAUACCAAGAAAGGGAUGUGUCUCUGCACUUGGAAUACAGAGAAGAGUUGUGGAAGAUCUUGGGAGGCAAAGUGAUCCCUCCAAAGCUUUUCAUUAAGGGUAGGUACAUUGGAGGAGCAGAUGAAGUUGUUGGAUUGCAUGAGAUGGGUUGGCUUGGGAAGCUUUUGGAAGGGAUACCAACUUACUCAACUGAUUGCAUUUGCACUGGCUGCGCCAACAUGCGGUUCUCUAUUUGCUCUAACUGUUGUGGCAGUUGCAAAGUCUUCACAAGCAAUUGGGACAACAAUGAUGGUUUGUUCAUCAGAUGUCCUGAGUGCAACGAGAAUGGGCUUGUCAAAUGCCCCAUUUGCUGCUAG